AAGUUCAUGGGGACGCAGACCCUGGUGCCUCCCAGCUCCCUGGUGUGAAACCGGAGGCAGUGCAGAUUCUGCUGGGACGGAGGCUGUCCUCCCUGGGGAGCACUCCCACCUGUGCCAGGGGACAGCCGUGCCACAGUCCUACAGAGCAGCCUGAGCCAGAGGUGAACCCGGUCACCCCCUUCCUCAGCCAGCGGACUGGGCCACCUAGUGUGACAGCUCCCCAAGUCACAUUAAUUCUAAAGUCCGAUGCCUCAGGCAAGCCCGUCUGCUGCCCAGGCUCCUGGGGAGCCCCCUUGGGGGACAGAUCAGGAGCCCCAGUGGCUCACAGUUGGCCUAAAGUGGCUAGUCCUGGCCACCUGCCUUGUAGAGGGGAAGCUGCCAGGCUGACUGCCCACGAUGGCCCCGCUCCCUGCUGCUGGGGACCAGGAGGGGUCUCCUCCCCCAUAUUCAGAAUAACUUUCUGUAGAACAGGUUCUCAGAAUUGGAAGAGCUGGACAGAAGGCAUGGGUUAACGAUUCCCUGUCCUUGUCCAGGGUGGGGGCUCAGGCUCUUUCCCUCGUCGUCCUCACACUGCCCAGCUGAAGGCACACGAGCCCCUUCCUGGUUUCCUAACUCCUCCCUCCCACCCGCAGCUGCCCACCCCUCCCCACCUCUCCCCACCUCUCCCUACCUCUCCCCACCUCUCCCCACCUCUCCCCACCUCUCCCCACCUCUCCCCACCUCUCCCCACCUCUCCCCACCCCUCCCCACCCCUCCCCACCUUCUCUCCAGCUUCUCUCCACUCUGCGUCACAGAAGAUUUGGAUCUGGCAGGCAGGCAGGCAGGCUUGGUGGCGGCAGUGGGCACGAUGGUAGCAGGGCUGUGGCCUGUGUCCAAGGUGCCGCUCCCGGGCAGCAGAGGGCCUGCCGGCGCCCAGGCUGCGGGGCUGUUGGCCUCACGGGGCUCCGCUGUCCCCUGGCUCCUGAGUGCGUCCCCCUCACUAGAGGUGGUUGUGCGGUGGGGUCUGAGCAGCCUCUGAGCCGUGAGCCAUGACCCCAGCGGCAGCAGAACUCAAAGGCACCAUGUCAGGUCCUGUCCGUGGUGGCCUGCCUUUUCUAAUAAGUCACUCCGGUGACCAGAGUCCUGCACAGCCACAGGAGACAGCAGUGGCCGCUUUUGUGCCGCCCCUACUUCUGUGCUCAGUUUUCUCCCUCCCGCUCUCUGACGCUCUUGGUCUCUGUCCCUUCCACUCUCUGUUGGUCGGUCUCCGUCUCUGCUUGGCUUUGCCCCAGGGUCUUCGCGGGGCCCAUUUCUGUGGCCAGAAGGCCCGGCUUUUCCUUUUCCUUAAGGAAGCCCUCGAGGCUGGGCUGGAGCCCCACUUCCCCCUUUCCCUUGUCUGCCCGAGCCUCCUGCCUUCCCAUCCCAGGACGUGGACUGCGUGUGAGGCCUCCCCCACCCCCAAGGGCAGGGUCGUCUGUGCUGCUCUGGGCCCCCACACCUGGCUCAGACUGCACACCCAGCGGGCCCGUGGUAACAAGGGUCAACCCCGCCAGCUGACCAGUGGUGCGCAGCGCACAGCCCAGAAGUCACAUGCCCGGUCCCGUACAAGCUCCUCUGUUGAGCUGGGGCUGGGUGGCAGGCGGGCCACGGAGACCGAACGUGCCCAUUGCUCUGAGGGCAGAGCCAAGUCCUUGUAAGUCAGUGAGCCAGAAUGCAGGGCGCUGUUCACCCAGGCAAGCCGACGGCCUGGCGACCUUCGGUCCUGUGCCAUCUGCCUCCACUCCCAGGUAGGCAGUAACCUGCGCAGGUGCGCGGUGGCACACGGCAUUGGGGGCAGCCAGCCCUGGGAAAGGUAGCCUGGCACCGCGCCGUGUGUGCACAUGCGUGUGCCCCACUGUGUGACCUUGGCCCAGCCCGAGGCUAGCUGGAAACAGCAGCUGUGUCCUGGCUCCAGGUACUCUGCCUGGAGUGUGGCCAGCCUGGAGGAAGGGGCACAGGUGGGAGGAGGGAAAAGGGGCCUCUGCGGACAGCUGCUACCUUGGACUCCCGGCCAGCUCCAGCCGCAUAAAUCCCUGCGGGCCGGAGGGGAGGGACGCACACAGGCAGGCGCAUGCCAUGGGGCACCUGGGGCUGGUCGUCUUGGGCCUCACCUGCUGCUGGGCGGUAGUGAGCGCAGCAAAGUUGGGCGCGGUGUACACGGAAGGAGGCUUCGUGGAGGGCGUCAACAAGAAGCUCAGCCUCUUUGGUGACUAUGUCGACAUCUUCAAGGGCAUCCCCUUCGCCGCCCCCCCGAAGGCCCUGGAGAACCCUCAGAAGCACCCUGGCUGGCAAGGAACCCUGAAGGCCAAGGACUUCAAGAAGCGGUGUCUGCAGGCCACCAUCACCCAGGACAACACCUUCGGGGAGGAGGACUGCCUCUACCUCAAUAUCUGGGUCCCCCAGGGCAAGAAGGAAGUCUCCCGGAACCUGCCCGUCAUGAUCUGGAUCUACGGAGGCGGCUUCCUCAUGGGGGCGGGCCACGGGGCCAACUUUCUCAGCAACUACCUGUACGACGGGGAGGAGAUUGCCACACGGGGCAAUGUCAUUGUGGUCACCUUCAACUACCGUGUCGGCCCCCUGGGCUUCCUCAGCACUGGGGACGCCAACCUGCCAGGUAACUAUGGCCUUCGGGAUCAGCACAUGGCCAUCGCUUGGGUGAAGAGGAACAUUGCAGCCUUUGGGGGGGACCCCGACAACAUCACUAUCUUUGGGGAGUCAGCUGGAGGCGCCAGCGUUUCUCUGCAGACCCUCUCUCCCUACAACAAGGGCCUCAUCCGGCGAGCCAUUAGCCAGAGUGGUGUGGCAGUGUGCCCCUGGGCCAUCCAGAAGCAGCCCCUCUUCUGGGCCAAAAGGAUCGCUGAGAAGGUGGGCUGCCCCUUGGACGAUACCUCCAGGAUGGCCAAGUGUCUGAAGAUUACCGACCCCCGUGCCCUGACGCUGGCCUAUAAGCUGCCCCUGGCAGGCAGGGAGUAUCCCGUACUGCACUAUCUGGGCUUUAUCCCUGUCGUCGACGGAGACUUCAUCCCCGAUGACCCUGUCAAGCUGUACGCCAACAUGACCGACGUUGACUACAUAGCAGGCAUCAACAAUAUGGAUGGCCACAUCUUUGCCAGCAUCGACAUGCCAGCCAUCAAUAAGAACAAGCAGGAGGUCACCAAAGAGGACUUCUACAAGCUGGUCAGCGGGCUCACCAUCACCAAGGGGCCCAGGGGUGCCAACGCCACCUUUGACAUCUACACUGAGCCCUGGGCCCACGACACGUCCCAAGAGACCAAGAAGAAGACCGUGGUGGACUUUGAGACCGACAUCCUCUUCCUGGUGCCCACCGAGUUUGCCGUGGCCCAGCACAGAGCCAAUGCCAAGAGUGCCAAAACCUACACCUACAUGUUCUCCCACCCGUCUCGGAUGCCCACCUACCCCAAAUGGGUGGGGGCUGACCACGCGGAUGACAUCCAGUACGUCUUUGGGAAGCCCUUCGCCAGCCCCCUGGGCUACCGGACCCAAGACAGGACGGUCUCUAAGGCCAUGAUCGCCUACUGGACCAACUUUGCCAGAACUGGGGACCCCAACAUGGGACAUUCAGCUGUGCCCACACACUGGGAUCCCUACACAGUGGAAAGUGGUAACUACCUGGAGAUCACCAAGAAGAUGGAUCGCAACUCCAUGAAACAGCACCUGAGGACUAAUUACAUGCGCUACUGGACCUUGACCUACCACGCACUGCCCACAGUGACCGGAAAUGGGGCCGCCCCCGCCCCCCCCUCCGGGGACUCGGAUGCCGCCCCCGCCCCUCCCUCCGGGGACUCGGAUGCAACCCCCGUGCCCCCCUCGGGGGACUCUGAUGCAACCCCCGUGCCCCCCUCGGGGGACUCUGAUGCAACCCCCGCGCCCCCCUCGGGGGAUUCUGAUGCAACCCCCGUGCCCCCCUCGGAGGACUCUGAGGGGGCUCGGAUGCCCAUAGUCAUCGGCUUCUAAUGUCCUCGACUCCAAGAAGCCAUAGGGUGAGACCCGAGGGAUCCACCUCCCCUCCAGAGCUCUUCCUGAAUAAAGCCUCAUCUCUCUCUGUCUGGCGUCUUCCUUUGCUCCCGAGGCCCCAGCUGGAGGA